AUGCAGCAUUCUGCCACAAUCAACUGUGAGAAGAAAAGCACAGUGAUUGGUGAGAGAGAGGUAGAGGUUAUUGACACCCCUGGACUGUUCAAUAGCGCUUUAACACCCGAGAAGGCUUGCGAAGAAAUUGGAAAAUGCAUUAGUUUUGCAUCGCCUGGGCCCCAUGUGUUCCUGCUGCUGCUCUCUGUGGGACGCUUCACCCAAGAGGAGAGAGAGGCGGUGGAGUUGAUCCAGGAGACAUUUGGAGAGGAAGCCAACAAGUACACCAUUGUGGGCUUUACCAGAGGAGAUAAUCUAGAUGAUGGAGAUAUUGAGGGGUACAUCCAGAAAGGCAAUGCCAAGUUAAGAGAACUUAUUCAAGAUUGUGGUGGCAGAUAUCAGAUUUUCAACAACAAAGACAUAAACAAUGAACACCAAGUCAGCUCUCUGCUAGAGAAGAUUGAUAAGAUGAUUCAUCAAAAUGGAGGAGGGUUUUAUACAACCAGGAUCGAUGAGGAUAUAGAAAUCAAAAUCAAAACUAGGGAGAACAGUCUCAGGGAAUUGUCUCAGCAGCCACUAUUACAACAAAAUACAACACAUUCAGAAAUAAAUGACCAAAACCUUGACACAAGUGAAAAAAAUGAAAAUGAAGACGUAUCCAGUUUGGAGAAAAGUGUUACAGACAAGGAAGGUAUGAGGAUAAAUGUAACACCAGAUGGUUUGGUCAUACAAUGUGAGGAUGAGAUUGCUCAGGCAGUGGAAACAGCAAGAGUAGUUGAAGAAAAAAUUAAAUCAGGGAAUGCCAAAAAGCAAAAAGCCUGCAAAAUAGCAUAG